AUGGCUAACGCAAAAAGUGUUAAAAUACAUGUAAUUUAUUAUUCAAUGUACGGUCAUAUUGCUCAAAUGGCUAAACGUGUUCAAAAAGGUGUUGAAGCAAGUGGUGCACAAUGUGAAGUAUUUCAAGUUCCGGAAACAUUAUCUCAAGAUGUUUUAGACAAAAUGUAUGCGCCCAAAAAGGAUGAGAAAGUACCUGUUAUUACCCAUGACAAACUCCGCGAUGCUUUAAUCAAUUGUGAUGGAAUUAUUUUUGGUUAUCCAACACGUUUCGGAGGAAUGCCAGGUCAAAUGAAAACAUUCUGGGAUCAAACUGGUGGAAUGUGGAUGAAAGGUGAAUUGUUAAAUAAACCAUUUUCAAUAUUUUUUUCCUCAUCGACACAAGGUGGUGGACAAGAGACAACAGCUUUGUCAUCGUUAUCAAAUUUUAUUCAUCAUGGUAUGAUCUAUGUACCAAUCGGAUAUUCAUGUAAACAAUUAGGUGAAAUGAAUGAAGUACACGGUGGUUCACCCUACGGAGCAGGUACACUAGCAGGCCAAGAUGGUUCGCGACAACCCACUGCUUUAGAAUUAGAGGUAGCCGAAGCAAGUGGCAAGCAUUUCUCUGAAGUAGCCAUAGCAUUAAAAAUUGGCCGUGAAGCAUUACCGAAAAAAGAAGCAGCAACACCGAGUGUUCCACAAAAAGCUGUACAGAGAGAUAGAGUUUAA